AUGUCCAACAGCAGCUCCAUCAGUGAGUUCCUCCUCCUGGCAUUUGCAGACACGAGGGAGCUGCAGCUCCUGCACUUUGCGCUCUUCCUGGGCAUCUACCUGGCUGCCCUCCUGGGCAACGGCCUCAUCCUCACUGCCAUAGCCUGCAACCACCGCCUCCACACCCCCAUGUACUUCUUCCUCCUCAACCUCGCCUUCCUCGACCUGGGCUGCAUCUCCACCACUGUCCCCAAAACCAUGGGCAAUUCCCUCUGGGACUCCAGGGCCAUUUCCUACUCAGGAUGUGCUGCUCAGGUCUUUUUGUUUGUCUUCUUUAUUGGAACUGAAUUUUCUAUUCUCACCCUCAUGGCCUACGACCGCUACGUUGCCAUCUGCAAGCCCCUGCACUAUGGGAGCCUCCUGGGCAGCAGAGCUUGUGCCCACAUGGCAGCAGCUGCCUGGAGCUGUGGCUUUCUCAAUGCUGUGCUGCACACUGCCGAUACAUUUUCCCUGCCCCUUUGCCAAGGCAAUGCUGUGGACCAGUUCUUCUGUGAAAUCCCUCAGAUCCUCAAGCUCUCCUGCUCAGAGGCCUACCUCAGGGAAGUUGGGUUCCUUACGGGCAGUAUUUCUUUAUUCUGGGGUUGUUUCACUUUCAUUGUGCUCUCCUACGUGCAGAUCUUCAGGGCCGUGCUGAGGAUGCCCUCUGAGCAGGGACGGCACAAAGCCUUUUCCACGUGCCUCCCUCACCUGGCCGUGGUCUUCCUGUUUAUCAGCACAGCCAUCUUUGCCUACAUGAAGCCCCUUUCCAACUCCUCCCAGUCCUUGGACCUGGUGCUGGCAGUUAUCUACUCGGUGGUGCCCCCAGCAGUGAACCCCCUCAUCUACAGCAUGAGGAACCAGGAGCUCAAGGAUGCAGUGAGGAAACUGUUUGAAUCCUUCCAGCACCAAUAA